AUUUGUAGGGGUUUACAUGCCCCUAAACCCCCACUUUAGCUCCCACCUAUGAUACAGCGUCACACAGCAGAUCGUAGGUGCAUAGAGGCCUCCUAAUUACUGGAUAUGGGCCGGAAUUGCGCCUGUAAAUCCCCCGAUCGAUUGUGGUUUUGAUUUUAAAGACGCAUUUCAGAGUGCCUGUCAAACGCAAGCAGUCGUAAAAGGGGAAAAAAAAAAAAGAACAGCAAAAACACCAUGUCUCGUAAGAAGGCCCUUAUCAUUGGUAUCAAUUAUUUUGGUACCGACCAUGAGUUAAAUGGCUGCAUCAAUGAUUCCGAGAAUAUUCGCAAUUUUCUUGUCGAGGAGCGAGGCUUCUCUCCGAGCCCACACGACAUGGUCAUGAUGUCGGACGUACCCGAAAAUGAAGGCACUCCUUUUUACCCCACAGGAGCGAAUAUCAUGGCUGCUAUAAAUUGGUUAGUAACUCGAAACCAGCCUGGCGAUAUCUUAUGGUUAAGUUAUUCGGGUCAUGGAGGCCAGGUGAGGAAUGACGAUGGAGAUCGGCCAUCAGGGUUUGACGAUACAAUAUGCCCAGUUGAUUUCGCCGAGAGCGGGCAAAUUACCAGCGAGAUGUUACACCGCGCGAUUGUCUCACCGAUGAAUCCAGAGUGUCGCCUUACCAUUCUUUUCGACUGCUGCCAUUCGGGCUCGGCUUGUGAACUGCCUUACGUCUACCGACCAGACGCAGACGGCAACGUCAAUAUGGUCGACACGAUCAAGCAAGGAAUCGGGCUGAUCCGUGCGGCUGAAGGUCUCUUUGAAGGUGGGUUUUCCAUGUCUAAAAUGGACGACGCGAAAAUGCUACUUGGUGGUGCCACGGAUUUCUUCAACGGCCUUCAUCAUCGCAGGAAUGAAGAUGUCGACGAGGAUGGACUUGCAGCUGAGAACUUCGAGGAACAUUGGGAAACCGAAGGUAAAGACGUCUGGAUGUUUUCCGGUUGCGCGGACAAUCAGACAUCUGCGGAUACAUCGAUUGCUGGUGCACCAACUGGGGCGAUGUCUUGGGCGCUGGUUAGGGCCCUGAGAGAGAACCCAGAGCAGUCUUACAUUGAGAUUCUUCGGAACACCCGAGAGGAACUUGCGCAGAACUACUCUCAAAUUCCGCAACUGAGCUGUGGUGGGAGAUAUGAUUUGGAUCAAGCCUUCAUUCUGUGAUUUAUAGGUGGAGUUAAGGCAGGAAACUGGCUGUAAUUCAAUCUCUCAGUGAGAACAGAAGGGAAUCAAAAUGAAGAAUUAAACAAUUUACUUUUUAAAUAUCUUAGCAGGGUGUACCUUUCUAUGAUUUAGGGGGUGAGUCUACGUAUCGAUAACACCAGUUCAACGCCACGCGGUACCUACGUAGGUACAUACAUAAACGUAUAUACUGGUCUAGGCAUGUACCCACCUAUCUUCAAACCGAAUAGCUCUUUCCUUUUGUUAGCAAAGACACAAACAUUAAAUAUGAAGCUAUCCACAACACUGUGUUGCUCGUUGGAAAGAACCUU